CCCCUCCCACUUCCAGCGAGACUUUCGCCGGCCGUAAAGCGCGGCGCCAACUGCUGCAAAGCGCCUUGCGACAGAGCCCGGGGCUGAACUACAGCCGGCAGCCGUCCCCACGUUAAACAUUAGGCUAUCCGGAGCCGAGGAAGGUGGCCGCUGGCGUGUUUGACUUCCGCGCUCGGCCUGCGUCCCCCGGAGGUGGCUCGGAGCCGCCGCGGCCAGGAGGGGAGGGCCCGCGCCGGCGCCUCCCGGCCGCCAUCAUCCCGGCGUGCACCGCGGCGGCGGGCCGAGCCGGCCGCCAUGUUGCGAUAGUUUGUUGUUUUCGUCCUGAGGAGGAGCAGGCCGGAGGGCCAGAUACCCGUCGGCUGCGCAGCUCUCCGCCCCCAGGCCCGGCCUGCUGCCCCCCGCGUCUCGUCCCCCGCCGCGCGUCUCCGGGCCCCGGCUGGCCCGGCAGCCCCCCCAGCUGGCUUGGUGGGGCGAGGCUGAAGGCCGGGCCCAGCGAGCACUAUGGCGGCCGCCCUGGGUGCGGGCGGAGGAACCGGCGCUGGAGAUGAUGACUUUGACCAGUUUGAUAAGCCUGGUGCAGAGCGGUCCUGGCGGAGAAGAGCUGCAGACGAGGACUGGGACAGUGAACUUGAAGAUGACUUACUUGGAGAAGAUUUGCUCUCUGGCAAAAAGAAUCAGUCGGAUUUGUCAGAUGAGGAGCUAAAUGAUGAUCUUCUACAGAGUGAUAACGAAGACGAAGAAAAUUUCAGUUCUCAGGGUGUCACAAUUAGUCUGAAUACCACAUCUGGCAUGGUCACAUCAUUUGAACUGUCUGACAACACUAAUGACCAGUCUGGAGAACAGGAAUCCGAGUAUGAACAAGGAGAGGAUGAACUCGUUUAUCACAAGUCUGAUGGAUCUGAACUGUAUGCUCCUGAGUACCCGGAAGAAGGACAGUAUGAAGGCCACGGUGCUGAGCUGACAGAAGACCACAUCCAGUACGUGGGGGAGCCGGAGGAGGAGCAGCUGUACAGUGACGAGGUGUUAGACAUCGAGAUCAAUGAGCCUUUAGAUGAGUUCACAGGAGGCAUGGAAACUUUGGAGCUGCAGAAGGACAUGAAAGAGGAGUCAGAUGAGGAAGAGGAUGAUGAUGAAGAAUCUGGACGAUUACGUUUCAAAACUGAAAGGAAAGAAGGAACAAUUAUUAGGCUCUCAGAUGUAACUAGAGAGAGAAGGAACAUUCCAGAAACUUUGGAGCUUUCAGCAGAAGCCAAAGCUGCGUUGCUUGAAUUCGAAGAAAGGGAGCGACAGCAUAAACAGGGACGCUACGGCUCAAGGCGGGGAGGAAGGAGAGGAGGUUCGUCCAUGUGUCGUGGAGCGGGAGACCAGAGGAGAGAGAACAGUGAGAGGGGAAGAGCCAAGGAUCACAGGCCUGCCCUGCUGCCCACGCAGCCACCUGUGGUGGCGCACUCUCCGAGGUUAAUUCCUCCUCCACAGCCUCAGCCUCCCCCACCGCCGCCGCCGCCGCCGCAGCAGCAGCCGAUCAGAAGUCUGUUCCAGCAGCAGCAGCUCCAGCCUCUGCUUCCCCUGCAGCAUCCACACCAUCCCUCCCCUCCUCAAGGGAUGCACCUGCCGCCCCAGAUCGAGGCCCCGAGGGCGAUGAUGACCCCUCCUCCCGUGACUCCACAGCAGCCUAAGAACAUACACAUAAAUCCCCACUUCAAGGGGGCAGUGGUGACGCCCGUGCAAGUGCCCUUGCUGCCGGUCCCGAGCCAGCCGAGACCUGCUGUGGGACCCCAGAGGUUCCCGGGCCCUCCAGAGUUCCCACAGCACACACCUGGACCUGUUCCCAACAGUUUCAGCCAGCCCCCUCGGCUUCCUCUUCAGGACCAGUGGAGGGCCCCGCCGCCUCCCCAGGAGCGAGACCCUUUCUUCUUAGGAGGUGAACCAAGGUUCCCGAGCCACCUCUUUCUGGAACAGCGAAGUCCCCCUCCCCCGCCACCUCCUCCCACGCUUCUUAGCAGUGGUCACCCUGUGCCCACUCCCAGUCCCUUACCGUUCACCCAGCCUGGACCAGCGUUUAACCAGCAAGGGCAGCAGCCUGUGUUCCCCAGAGAGAGGCCCGUGAGGCCAGCCCUCCAGCCGCCGGGGCCGGUGGGGAUCCUGCACUUCAGCCAGCCAGGGUCUGCAGCAGCGCGGCCGUUCAUCCCUCCUCGACAGCCCUUCCUGCCCGGCCCAGGACAGCCCUUCCUGCCCGCCCACACACAGCCUAACCUGCAGGGGCCCCUGCACCCCCCGCUGCCCCCUCCCCCGCAGCCCCAGCAGCAGCCCCCGCUCCCGCCCCCGCUCCAGCCACCCUCGCAGCACCAGCCGCCGCCGCCGCCGCCGCCGCACCCGCACCAGCACCAGCACCAGCACCAGCACCAGCACCAGCACCACCACCUCUCUGUUCCUCCCCCGCCCCUGAUGCCCGUGGCCCAGCCCCAGUUCAGGCCUCACAUGCAGACGGGGCCGCCUCAGCCAAACAGCAGUCGGACGCAGUGCCCCCAGCGCCAGGGGCUAAGGCAUAACACGACUUCUCAGAAUGUAACCAAACGACCAAUGCAGCAAAUGCAGCCAACUGCUCCACGGAACAGUAAUUUGCGUGAAUUACCAAUAGCGCCGUCACAUGUUCUAGAACUGAGCAACAGCCGCUGCGCCUCCACACCGGCGGCUCAAGUAAAGCCGAUUGUCAGCACGUCACCGCCCACGAGGCCCGGGCUGGGGCCCAGGACUGCGCAGGGGAAGGCUGAUGUGAAAGUCAAGCCAGUUAGCCCUGUGGGCCGGCCUAAAGAGGAAGCAAAAACAGAGCCAGAGUUUCCUGAUGAAGAUGAAGAAACGAGGUUAUACCGCUUAAAGAUAGAAGAACAGAAGCGCCUCCGAGAAGAAAUCCUGAAGCAGAAGGAGCUGCGGCGGCAGCAGCAGGCCGGCGCGAGGAAGAAGGAGCUGCUCGAGAGGCUGGCGCAGCAGCAGCAGCAGCUCUGCCCCCCGCCGGCCCUGGCCGAGCAGGGAGAGCAGCUGUCGGCACCGUCGCCCACCAAUGGCAGCCCACUGUUACCCUUCCCGGGGGCACAGGUCAGGCCGCAUGUGAAACACAGACUUCUCGUGAAAAACCAAGAUGCCACUGUUUCGAGUGUUCCACCCAAAACAUCCAAUUUUGUGCCAUCUGGUGCUAACACGCAGUAUCAAGGACAGCAGAUGAAACCACUGAAACAUUUGAGACAGGCCAGAACCAUACCUCAGUGUCCAGCUCAGCACAAAGUCCUGCAGGUAAAGCCUGCAGACGGGGAGGGACCGCCACCCCCCUCGCAGACUGCUCGAGCCACGUCCCUCCAGGGCCGGCCCCCGGAGGCCAAGCCUGGCAUGAAAAGGACUGUCAUGCACCGGGCCAACAGCGGUGGCGGAGACGGGCCGCACGUCAGCGCCAAGGUCAGGAUGAUUAAGUUGUCAGGCGGGCAGGGAGGAGAGAGCGAUGGCUUUUUUCACCUGGAGGGCCAGCCUCAGCGGCUCCCUCAGCCCCCAGAAGUGAGACAGCAGCCUGCCCGCAAGGUGACGCUGACCAAGGGGGCGCUUCAGCAGCCCCAGCACCCUCCGGUGGGGGCCCACGUGCACUCAGCCGGCCCUCCAGGCAUCAAGAGCAUCCAAGGAAUUCACCCGGCCAAGAAGGUCAUCAUGCACGGGAGAGGCCGGGGAAUGGCAGGUGCGAUGGGCCGGGGCCGCCUGAUGCCGAACAAGCAGAAUCUCCGGGUGGUGGAGUGCAAGCCUCAGCCCUGCGUCGUGUCUGUUGAAGGGCUUUCUUCGUCCACUACUGACGCCCAACUGAAGAGCCUGCUGAUGUCAGUAGGACCCAUUCAGAGUUUACAGAUGCUUCCCCAGCAGCGGAAAGCCAUAGCCAAGUUCAAGGAACCCGCCCAUGCAUUAGCGUUUCAGCAGAAGUUCCACAGGCAUAUGAUAGAUUUGUCCCACAUAAAUGUGGCCCUGAUUGUUGAGUGAUUUCUGGCAGGAGAGCCUGACCGUAACGCUGCACACGCGCUGUGGAAUUUCUUCCUGGGAGCUGCCGCGCAGAGCCCUGCGAGCUUAGGUCUCUCCGUCCACAGCCCUGCGUGGCUGUUGUCCGGAGCGCCCAGCGGCCCAGCAGUGACUCCAGAAGAGCUGACCUUACGGGACGCGGCAGGCUCGACUCGGUGUUAGAUCACUUCACAUUCUCUUGUCACCACAAAGAACUACAGGUUUCGCUUUCUUUUGUUUUCAAAGUGCUUACAAUGCAUGUAGACAUCGUUCUUCGUGAUCUUAUGUAUGAUCGAUUACAGCGACUUAGAGUGAGUAAAGAACAUUAACGUCACAAAUUCUCAGUAGUUUUCACAGCAAAGAAUAUUUGAUAAUGGUUGCACUUAUCUUCAGUGCAGGCUAGAUGAGCGUUUUCUCAACCAGCUUCACUUGUGUUACCUUCUCAGAAAGCCCUCAAAAGGCUCUUGUAAAAACGUAGGUUAAAAUUCGGGUGAUUAUGAUUGGCAGUUGCAUAUCCUGGAAAGCAGGGUAUGAGGGUGGUUGGGAGCGGUGCCGAUUGUGUGGCCGAUUCUGCUUCUUGUAAAUAUUCCAAAAGCGCCAACUGUAUAGGCCUAGUUCCAAAGGGAAAGCCCCUUUUUAUACUCGUCCUGAAUGCGGCGGAAGUGCUGCUGGGCAUCGUCACGCACCCCCAGGCUGAGAGCAGGUGUCGGGACGCCCUCACCUCCAGCCCUCGCUGGGCUCCCUGCUAGGCGAGCUGCGUAGCAUACCUGCCAGGUGAGGAGGGUAGGACAGCCUGAAGCUUUCGCAGGCCUGUUUGGUUUUUUCCUCUUUUUAAAUGCAGCCCCAAGUGGCAUAUUCAUGUCACCGGCUCUGUGACGCAUAUAGAACAUUCUUGGGCAACCUGUGAUUAAGGUUUUCUUUUUUGAAGGCCUUUUGAGCAGGGGCUGCGCUGUCCUUCAGUGGACCCGAGAGCGAGGGGACGUUUGCGCUGGCUUGUCGCGCUCCGUGGCAUGUGGCACAGUGUGUCUGUGGGAUUCUGGGUAGGCUCCUUCAGGUGAGAGACGCUUCCUCCCCUUAAAGUCAUCUGUAGUAAAAUUCAUUCUGGGCAAACGUGGAAAAAAGUGCCUUAUUGUACUGCUCUUGAAGGAGUUUCACUAUUUUGGAUUGAUUCUAACGUGGACCUGAACUAUUUGAGCAAAUGAUACCGGGACAUACUCAGACUUUUUAGCUAUAUUUUAUACCUAAGAUUUCCUGUGAGAUUUAUUAAUGGAAUUAAGGGAAAUAGAAGCCUGUUACCACCAGUUAAUGCGUCUGGUUAGCCUAGCGAGGACCAGAUGUGAGCAGGAAGCCCCCUGCAGCAAGGCGUCCCUCCUUCUCAGCCUUCUCUUGGGAGCUAAGACACAGGUCAUGUGAACUUGUAUCUUCUUAUUUUCACAGUUGAAAUUUUAUAUUACUUUUUCAAAUUAAGUUACCGGAACCAGAGGGGAGAGCAUUUCAGACCCUGUGAGACUUUCUGUAGCAUUGAUUCCACUGUGGUACCGUGUGCUAGGAGUGAGCUUGGAAUGUGAAGGUGGGUGUUGAUGGCUGCUCUUCAGAAGAUUUCGGUUCCAGGAAACUAUAGGCACUCGUAGAACACACUAGAACACCCCCCCAGCUGAGGUGCCUGGCCACCCGUGUUCCAGAAAGCCCCUGCCUAAUAACCCUUGGGAGGUGGUGGUGUGUGCCAGCCUGGCCCCAGGUGCUCCAGUGGAGCAUCCAGAUGGCCAGUGGCCACUGCCCCCGUCCUCACAAGUAGUAGAUACAGGUGUGUUCACAGGUUAGGAGCGUAGCUUAUGUGGCUCAGUCCACAGAGAGCUGCAUUGAAGUGGUGAGUUGGGUAGCCUGCAGGCACCACAUAGGAGAGAUCCAGACCACUUCCCCACCCUGGGCAGCAGGAAGGCUCACAGUUAAUGGACUUAUUUUAUCACCGAGGACUUAAUGACGCAAUGAGCUGAGUUUACAAAAUUUUACCGCUUUUUGAAAUAGUCUGAGUGUGUUGUGGCUUUGAAACUAAAAAUCUGCAUGUUGUCUCUGGAAAGUAGCCAUUCAGGCAUACUUUCUUCUAGUUAGUGGUAAGAAACGAAUCCUAUUAGGGCACCUUUGUUCAAGCCAGACCUCAUGGCUACUUUAAGGUCUGUUUUUGUGUUGUCUGAGUCUGACAGGGGUGCCCCGGGACAGGUGUGUGUCUGUUAACAGUCUACACACACAGAGAAGUAAGCUUUCUCUUGAUAGAAUGUUCUUGAAAGGCCAAGUCGAGCCAGGCCUUCCGGAAAGGACUGGUUAGAAAGGCUUCCCACGGUCGCCUCCUGAUGCACAUGGCCCCUGAUCACGGGCUCUGUUAGUGCCAGCCAGGCCUGGGAACAAAGGCUUGAUUUCCUUGAGGGAAACUGGAAAAGGAAAGAAAGAAGCAGAAUUAGAAAGGAACGUUAUUUCCAUUUUCGGUGCACUUCUCGCAGUGAAAUCAGACCACCGUGAGCUGAACCCUCUUGGAAGAUCUGCUGCAACCAUUAUCUUUGUUCUUUCUUUAUCAUGCAUUUAAAGGAUAUGCAGGAGCAGUUAGCAUACCCUGUAAAUAUGGACCUCUUAAAAUGAAAUGUUAUUGGAAAUGCUUUCAAUUCAGCAGCAUCUUAGCUAUUUGUUAGUUCUUUUGUGUUGUCUUAUCAAAGUUUAAUGGAUACAGUUCCAUAAUUGUUGAUGUGUUUGUGUGUAUAUUCGAUUUUUAUAAAGAUGGUAGUAAGUCAAUACAUUUAUCCUGACCUGUGUAUUAUUUGUUCACAAAUUCAAGAAGCCAGUAAAUAUCAGUGUAUCUCAGAAGGUAAAUACAGCAGGUGACUGUGUGGCGCUGAGGUGUUUUUUCUUUAUCUUGUUUUGAUUUUAUGCUGUAAUAUAAGUUCACUUAGCUACUUAUCUGAGCGUAACCUUGCACUACCGUUGGUCUGGCCACAUUUGUUAAAUUCUUAUACUGAUAUCCUUCUCAAGGAGAAAUAUCGUCUCUUUUUUCCAAAAGAAAUAUUGCGGGUUCCCCCCUUUCUGGACAGGCAGCAUGCUAAGUGGGUGUCUGUGCCCCCUCCCCACGGGGGGGUGGGGGGGGACGGGAGAGGGGAGGGGGGUGGCAUCAUAACCAGUCCUAAUUGGGGGUCUUCCUUCUCAUGAUUUGUAAAGGUCCUGGAUAAACAAUUGUUUGUGCUUGGUUCUGUAGCAUUUCUGAAUUGUGACAGCUUAGAUCCUGCACAAAGGGGUCUUUUUUUAAAGGGCAUUUGGCUUAAUUAUGCAAACAGACUUUGUUGCUGGAAGGAGGCUGGGAGAGGUGUCCAGGGUGAGGGAAGAAGGAGCCUAGAAGUGGGGCGAGGAGAGUUGUAGCACGGAGGGGUGGUAACGAGGGUCUAUCAGAGGCUUUAUUCUAACACGCUGGCUCUGCACAGGAGUCAGCCGGUCUGGUGGGGAGGCCUGCGGGCGGGCGGCGGGCACGGUGGGCUCGGUGGAUGUCCGCUGGCGGCCCGGGCUGGAGGAGGGGCGUCUGCGCCAGGUCCAGCCCCUUGGGCUCGGUGGACCACCGGGCUCUUGGACCAGGAGGAGGCCUGGCUGGCUUGCGUGGAGGGUAGAUGAGAACUGAGGCCGUGUUGUUUUGAGAACCUGUCACUUUCUUUUUUUAGUUUUUUUGUUUUUUUGGUUUUUUGUGGUUUUUUUUGGCUUCUGGUUUUUGUUUUGUUCUGUUUGGCUUUUGUUUUCUUAUGUUUUUAAAUUUCUUUGUUGUUUAAUUGAAGGUAAGCUCAAUGUGCUCGUGUCCCCUUCUGGGGACGGGCAGGUUUUGGUCGAGGUCUGUGUGCAGAGCACCUAGAGCCGCUCUUGGGGGCUUCUGUCCUCCCUUCUGUCCCUUAGAUCCUGGAGAGGCAGCAGGCCGCUUGUCCAGAAGCGCGUCCCGGCGGGCACAGGCCCGCGCUGCCCUUGCUCUCGUAGUGCCUCUCCGGGCUUCACGCACGCCCCAGUAGAGCUGCUUUUACUUUCCUGUAGUCAGCUAGAGCCGCCCCGCCCUGCCCCGCCCCGUCCCCCCCAGCCCAGCUCCUUUCUCUUUGUUUGUUGGGGGAGGGGGUGGGGUGCUUGAAAGGUAUUAUUGAUUUUUUACAGGGUUUUAAGUGACAGAAUUCUAAAAGGGGAUUAACCAACAGAGGGCGGGGGUGGUGCGAAAUAGGACCAGGAGACGCCCCCACCCCCCAUGAAGGAAGCCACAGGAGUUUACAUCGAUAGAGGGAAAGUUGAGAUAUUCCAUUGUAUUUAAUGAGCAUUUUAAUUAACCUUCUCAACUCUUCUUAAAACUUGUGAAUGACGCGUUAUUUUGGACAUUGGUAAAUAUGAACUCUGCAAAGGCAGUCAGCCUUGACUUCUAUUAAAUCCUAAGGAUUUUGUGUAAGGUUUUUUACAACCUAUUUAAUUUUUCUCGUUUAAAGUGCCCUUGGUUUUGUGUCCUAGAACCAAACAAAACUCACUGAUUCAUAUUGGAUCCCAGGUAUACCUUCUGGUAGCGUGUGGUUGGGAAGGAUCAUUGGUUUUACACGUGUAACCUGCCCUUUCUAGAGAAGGUGCAGAAAAUCUUAACUGGCUCUUUUCUGUGCCGUGUUUUGGUAGGAAAUCUUUUCAUUAAGAUGGGCAGGCAGAACAGGUAUUUUUAGUGAGAAGUUGCUUUUUGCUUUUACUUCUUACCAACUAAAAUGUAAAAAGGCCUCCAUGUUGGUGUUUUGUUUUACUAAUUUUGAAAGGUAUGUAGAAAAAUACAGGCCUUUUAAAAAGGAACAUGAUGUAGUCUUUGAAUUUUAAUAUUUUCCAGAGUGGACAAACAGUUGUACUGUUUUAAUAUAUUCUGUAUUUAGUAAUUUAUAUACUCUAGAAAGUAGACCUCUUGCU